ACAAAAGCCCCGCGGACGUUGAGCGGCCGCGGCCGCGUUCUCGCUUCAACAGUGCUUGAACGGAACCGGCUGCUCGCGGCGCCGCGCCCCGAACCGGCCCCGAACCGCCGCUCCCGAACCAGCUGGAACCGCUCCGUCCGUCCGUCCGUCCCGCCGCUCCGUCCUUCCGUCGCUCCCGAACCGCUCCGUCCUUCCCGAACCGCUCCCGAACCGCUCCGUCUGUCCGUCCCGCAGCUCCCGAGCCGCUCCGUCUGUCCGUCCCGCUCUUCCAUCCGUCUCGAGCCGCUCCGUCCGUCCGUCCGUCCGUCCGUCCGAGCCGCCAUGGACUCCCAGAUCCGCCAGAACUACCACCGCGACUGCGAGGCCGCCGUCAACCGCAUGGCCAACAUGGAGCUCUACGCCUCCUACGUCUACCUGUCCAUGGGUUUUUACUUCGACAGGGACGACGUGGCCCUGUCGCGACUGUCGCGCUUCUUCCUGGAGCAGUCGCGGGAGGAGCGGGAGCACGCCGAGGGGCUGCUGCGCUUCCAGACCAACCGCGGCGGCCGCGUCCUGCUGCAGGACGUCAAGAAGCCGGAGCGCGACACCUGGGGCUCGGCGCUGGAGGCGGUGGAGGCGGCGCUGGCGCUGGAGAAGUCGGUGAACCAAGCGCUGCUGGAGCUGCACGCCCUGGCUGCCGAGAAGGGAGACCCCCAUCUUUGUGACUUCCUGGAGUCCCACUACCUGGACGAGCAAGUGAAGGCCAUCAAGGCGCUGGGUGACCACGCCACCAACCUGCGCCGCCUCGCCGGUGAAGCCACGGGGCCCUCGGCCGGCCUCGGGGAGUACCUGUUCGACCGCCUGAGCUUGGAGGAGCGCAGCUGAAGCGCCCCCAGCCCCGUCCUCCCGAGCCCCCCGACCCUCGUAACCCCCCGCCCCGUCCAAGGGGGCUCUGCCUGCUGGGCUCUCCCAGCACGACUCCAAUAAAGGGUCUGUCUCUGCC